AUGGCGGCGCACCGCCGUACUUCCUCCCCGUCCCGGUCGCUCUAAGAUGGCGGGCGGCGCGGGCCCGGGCCCGGAGCCGCAGCAGGUGGUGGAGGCGCUGGAGCUGCUGCUGCGGCCGCCCGCCGAGCGGGACGGCGAGGGCCCGGCCACCGCCCUCCCACCGGAGACGCUGCGCAGCAACGCGGCGGCGCUGGAGGAACGGCUGCGGCGGGCUCCGGGCUGGGCGGCGCUGCGCGGCCUGCGCCUCGCCGUGCUGGCCCGGGCCCCGGCGCUGGCCGCCGGGGCGGCGGGGGAGGCCGAGCCGGGCUGGGCCACCGCCUGCGGGCUGCUGGCGCUGCUGCUGUGCCUGAAGGAGCGGCUGACCGCGCUCGCCAACGCCGCUCCCGCCGCCCGGCCCGGGGCCGCGCCGCCGCCCGCCGCCGACACCCUCAGCGCGGCGCAGGGCCUGGCGGUGGGGCGGGCGCUGCGGGCCGCCGUGGGGCUGGGCCUGGUGCCCUACCUGCCGCCGGGCGUGGGGCAGCGCCCGGGGCCCCCCACGCCAGCCCGGUCACCGCCGGCCACCCGCGGGGCUCGGCUCCACGCUGCCACCACCGCCCUGGCCGAGCUGGCCCAGCACCCCAUGCUCGGCAGCCCGCUGCUCGCCCGGCACCUCGGCCUCCUCCUCGCUGGACUCUGCCUGCUGGGCCACGGCCCCGCCGCCCUCAGCGAGGGCGUUUCGGAAGCGGAGCGAGCGCAGUGCCGGGACACCCUGCGGCACAUCCUGGACCGCGUCUACCAGCCGCUGGCGGUGCGGGAGCUGCUCGUCCUGCAAGGCCAGACCAAGCAGAACAUGGCCCCUUUCCACUUGAGGGGACGGAGCGGCGCUGCCUCGGCCCCGGCUGCUGCGCGUGGCCGUGUCGGAGGCUUCCUCGUGGCGGCACGGAGGAGGAGAUGGGGAAAUCUCCGCGCUCUUUUCACAAAGUCCCCAGGGAAAAGCCCGCGUCCCAGCUCCAAGCGGAGUCCUCCCUCUCCUGGGGAAGAAACAAAGCCGGCCCUUGUGCGGGCUCCGGCGUGGCUGCGGCGCUUGUGUGGUCAGCUGCUCUCUGAGAGGCUAAUGAGACCCAGCGGGGUUCAGGCAGUGGUUCGGGGCAUCAUGGAGGGAACAGGCGGGGGUGGUGCUGGUGCUGAAGCAGCAGCUGUGGACUGGAGAAAAUGCGACACGGUUGCAAAGAUCCUGGCUUCCUGCCCGCAGCAGUGCCGUUCCCUCGAGGACUACUACAAACUGGUGUGCCCCCAGAUUCUGGACUUGCUGCACAUCCAGGACAAAGUGACAGCGCGCCAGUUCCAGCGAGUGGCCACCACGACGCUGCUCACCAUGGCGAAAGAGCACCCUCAGCUGGCAGAGAAGCUCUUGCUCCAGCCGCUGUUGGCACCGCUCCUGCGGUGCUCGGAGGCAGCAGAGCUCACGGUGGAAGAUUUAUCAGCAGGGACCGUGCUGGUGACAGAGGCAGAGCUUGGCAGCUGUGUGGAAGAUGUGCUCAAGGUGUAUGUGGUUGGAAAUGACAGCUCGAGCCUGCUGCUGGGAUCCUUACAGUCAGUCCUGGGAGUGGUUUUUUCCCUCUAUUCCUUCGCCAAGCAGAAUGUGUCAUACUUACGCUCCCCGUGCCAGGAGAUCCUGCUGUGGUUCUUGGAGAAGUCGGAGCGAGGGGUGUCGCUGGCCGUGCUGGAAGGCUUUGCAGGGCUGAACGGCAGCGUGUGCGCCCUCCACCCGCGGUGCCGCUUCCGCGUGGGCAGCGAGGGUGGUGCCACCGUCGUGGUGGAGGAGACCGUCAGCGAUGAAGAUGAGGCCCUCUACCAGAAGGUUUCCUCGGAGCAGUGCCACGUGGAGAACUUGGUGGAGCUCUUGUCUCACUGCCAGAAGAGUGGUCUAGCCGGAGACUUCUUCAUCCGCUGCCUGAAGGCACUGACUUGUGUGGCUGCAGAGGAUGAGGCGGCUUCGGACUCGGCUGCGGUGCCGGGAGGGAGUCUCCUGGAGCUGGAGCAGUACCGUGCUGGGCAGAGGAGGAAGCUGAUGGUCCUGCAGCUCGUGGCCACGCUGUGUGAGAACGUCUCGGACACCGUGUUCACGGACGUUGCUCAGGUGGUGGAGUUGGUGGCGGCCACGCUGCAGCGGGCCCGCGUCAGCCCCGGCGCGGCGACCGAGCCGCAGACCCUCGCCAUGGCCAUGGGGCUCGUGGCCGCCCUGCUCGGCGGAGCCGUCCAGCUGCGAUCCAGCGACUUCGCGGCGCUGAAGCGGCUGGAGCCGUUGCUGGAGGAGCUCUCCCGCACCUACCCCGAGCCCCUCACCCAGGAGCUGGCCGCGGACCUGCGCAUCGCCAUCUGCACCCACGGGGCCUUCUCCCCCGGGACGGUGGGCGCCGCUGCCGGCGGCGUGCGGGGGAAGAAGCCGGGGAUGGGAGCGCAGAGCCCUGACGGCGUCCCCGGCAGAGCCCCGAGGCAGCGGCACGGCCGCAGCAGCCCCUCGGCUCCCGGCGAGAGGAGCGAAGAGCAGAGGACGUGCCAGGAGCCCAGCGCCACGGAACCCGCUCCAGCCCCGUGUGCCGGCAGCCCGGCCCCAGUUGGGCUCCAGGAGCUGCUGGUAUCAGCCUACGACCCCCAGCCCCCCGCCCGGGCGGCCGCCCUGCGCUGCCUGGCCCGCCUGAUCACACAGCGGGAUCCGGAGGCGCUUCAGCUUCAGGAGAAAAUCCUGCAGGUGUUCCUGGAGAACGUGCAGCACGAGGACGCCUUCGUCUACCUCUCGGCCAUCCAAGGCGUUGCCCUGCUCUCCAGUGAGUACCCGGAGCGGAUCCUGCCCAUCCUGCUGGCACGGUACGGGUGCCCGGCGCAGGGCACGGAGGACGCCGCGGCCGCCGUCACCAGGAUGAAGCUGGGCGAGGUGCUGAUGCGUGUCACCCGGGCGCUGGGGGACAUGGUGGCCAAGCACCGGGAGCCGCUGGUCCAGGCCUUUCUGCGGGGCGCGCGGGACCCCGACGGCGCGCUGCGGGCCAGCAGCCUCUCCAACCUGGGCGAGCUCUGCCAGCACCUCGGCUUUCAGCUGGGCUCCGUCAUCCAGGAGGUCACCUCCUGCUUGACGGCCAUCGCCAAGACGGACCCCGAGGCGGAGGUGCGCAGAGCCGCCGUGCACGUGGUGGUGGUGCUGCUGCGGGGGCUCAGCGACAAGGCCACCGAGGUGCUGCGGGACGUCCUGCGGGAUCUCUACCGCCUGCUGAAGCACGUGGUGACGGCCGAGCCCGACGGCGCGACGGUGCUGCACGCCCAGCUGGCGCUGGAGGAGCUGGACGCGGGGAUGAGGAGGGUCCUCUUCCCCCCGCAGGCGCUGGAGAAGAAGAUUGUGGUGCUGCCAUAGCGGGGCCGGGGCUGCGGAAACGAACUCCUCCUGCUCCGGCGGCGGGGCCGAGCGGCUCCCCGAGGGGACGGGGUCGCUGUGCCCCCCCGAGAUGCCGCCGGCGGGUGCCGGCCGGGGCGGGUGGGCUGGCUGGGACAGGGCAAGGGAUUAAACAAAGAUUUUUUUUU